CUUCCUUAGCUGCGGUGAGCGUGGCCAGAGGUCUGAUGCUCCCGGGAUCUGGCCGCGGAGGUCUCGGGCUCUCCGGUCCCGAGUCGGUUUGGUGGUCGCGAUGUUUUUCUCCGGGCCCGGGGCCCGGCCACGGACCUGGGAAGCCAGCCCCUCCGAACAUAAGAAGUGGGUGGAAGUAUUUAAAGCGUGCGAUGAAGAUAACAAAGGCUAUCUAAGCAGAGAGGACUUUAAAGUUGCCGUUGUAAUGCUGUUUGGGUACAAGCCCUCCAAGAUAGAAGCUGAUUCCGUGAUGUCUUCAGUAAAUCCAAACACUUCCGGUAUAUUGCUUGAGGAGUUUUUAAGUAUUGUAAGAAAAAAGAAAGAAGUCCAACUCCAUCGGAAUGAAAUAAGACACAUCUUUACAGCUUUUGACAGGCACUAUCGUGGGUAUUUAACUUUGGAAGAUUUCAAGAAAGCAUUUAGGCUGGUAGCUCCCAAGUUAUCAGAAAGGACUGUUCUGGACGUAUUCAGGGAAGUAGAUCAAGACUCAGAUGGUCUUGUCAGCUUUAAAGACUUUGAAUAUGCCAUGAACCAUGGACAAAAUGAAGCCUAACUAUUGUAAGCCGGUUUUGGCAACUUCUGGGGAGACAAGUAGAUUGUAAUGUAUAUUUAAAUGUCAAACUCUGUUCUGCUAGUGAUGUAAUAAUGCUGCGUACUUGUGAUUAAACUCUCCAUUGUGGUUUUCAGAUGCUGCUAUUACUUGCAUCUCAGAAUCCUAGAGGUGGUCAUUACAGGUAGUCUUGUAUUACUGCCCCUGGGGCUGGCCCCCAUCACACCCACUCACACUGCAGGCUGGGAGGCUCCGCUCACUGGUCCUCACCAUCUCACCUGCUGGUCCUCUGAUUCUCAUUGGUUCCUACUGUCCGGAAAGAGGUCACUUUUUCCUGCCAAUGGUACCAGUUUCCUUCUUGUGUUCAACUUUGUUUGAACAAGUGAUAACACCUGUGUGUCCUGAGGACUUAUAAUGUUCCAAGCAAUGAGCAAAAAAGCAUUGGGAAAACAGGACUUAUGAUUUCUCUAAGAUAAUGUACCCAGUGUCAAAAUCAUCAUGGAAAAAUGGCCCUAGGGUACUUGCUGUAUAAGAUUAAAAAAAAGAAAAAGAGAAACCCACACAGAUUUGGCUGACACAAGUUAAGUCUUCUCCAGCUGUAGACAGAGGAAGAACAGAGUGCAGUAAGGAAGGAUAUUGGGAGCAAAAGAUUUAUUGGCAGAGCCCUUUCAGAUGGCUUGGGCCUGGGGUUCCUAUGGUUAACCAACUGUGCCCUGCUGCACACUUCCUGGUUCUGGGUGGCUUCACCUACACCAAAAGCCUUAGCCAUCUGGUUCACAUUCUCCACCCUUUGCCCCUCCGUCCACAGGUGGGACCUGGUAAUUGCUGUACCAAAAUAAACACUGUGACACUGGACCUUCAGCGCUUAGUUUAAAUAAAUGCUGGUAUCAAUGCCAAUA